UGAGUCCUCCCACUGUCACAAUUGUGUAACACGACACACUUACAGGUUGACAUUCCAAGUAUAAGGAAACAAAAGUCGAAGGAGCUCGCUUUUCUGUGCACGCUUGUUCUUCGAGUUCGGCGAAAUGGCAGAAGCCGUUUUAACAGCGCAGGGUUCGUUCUGCUGUCCGGUCUGCCUGGACCUCCUAAUGGACCCAGUGACGAUUCCAUGUGGACACAGUUUCUGUCUGAGCUGUAUUAAUAGCUGCUGGGAUAAAAGAGCACAUUGCACUUGUCCCCAGUGCAGAGAGACGUUCGUUCCGAGGCCUGUGCUUAAGAAGAACACCAUGCUAGCUGAACUGGUUGAGGCACUGAGGAAGACGAGACUUCCAGCUGAUCAAGUUGCCGUCUCUUACGCUGGACCCGGAGAGGUCGAGUGUGACAUUUGUUCUGGGAAAAAGCAGAAAGCUGUCAAGUCAUGUAUGGUUUGCCUGGCCUCGUAUUGUGAAGCUCACAUUCAGACCCACUACGAUUGUCCGGCGUUAAAGAAACACGAACUGGUCGAGGCCUCUGUGAAUCUUCAGCAGAAGAUCUGCUCGCAGCACGGAAAGAUCCUGGAGAUUUUCUGCCGUGCCGAUCAGAAGUUUAUUUGUUGCUUGUGUGUGAUCGAUGAUCACAGUGGCCAUGAGACGGUCUUACCUAAAGCAGAAAGAGCUGAGAGACAGGAACAGUUCUUAGAGACCCUGAGAAAAUCCCAGCUGAGAAUCCAACAAAAAGAGAAGAACAUCCAGGAGCUGAAACAGGAUAUGGAGUCUCUCAGGCUCUCUGCAUUGGCAGCUGUUAAAGAAAGCGAGACACUCUUCACCAAUCUGAUUCAGUCCAUUGAAAAAAGUCGCUCGGAGGUCAAGGAACUGAUCGACGUUCAAGAGAAAGCUGCACUGAGUCUGGCUGAGGAGCUUAUAAAGAACCUGGAGCAAGAGCUUGCUGAUCUCAAGACGAGAGAUGGUGAGCUGGAAAAGCUUUCCCAAACACAUGACCACAUCCAUUUCCUGCAGAGUUUACAGUCUUACAGUGUCUCAAUUGCACAUGCAGAACUUCCCAAACAAAUUAUCAUACCUACAUUUUCAAUUGAAGAACUGAGGAAUGCUGUAUCUGGGGUGAAAGAACAAGUGGAAAAGUUCUAUAAACUGCAUUUGGUCAAAUUUGAAGACCACAAUUCCUUGUUGCCUGAACCAAAGACCAGAGAAGACUUUAUGAAGUAUUUCCGACCGCUGACUCUGAAUCCGAACACAGCACACCGUCGGCUCUGUCUUUCCGAGGAGGGCAGAAAAGUGACGGUGACUCGUCAGGCUCAAAACCCUCCUGAUCAUCCCGAGAGAUUUGACUUGAUACAGCAGGUUCUGUGUAAAGAGACUUUGGUGGGCCGUUGUUACUGGGAGGUCGAGCAGGUUAGCAAGCACAAUUCUUCAAUUGCGGUCACCUACAAAAGCAUCAGCAGGAAAGGCGAAAGCAACGAGUCUAGCUUCGAGCAAAACGACAAGUCCUGGAGUUUCACUUGCUUUAAGUCGAAAUACAUCUUCCGGCACAAUAACAAGGACGUCGAGGUCCCUGUGGACAAAAGCUCCUCUAGAAUAGGAGUUUAUCUGGAUCACUGGGCGGGAAUUCUGUCAUUCUACAGCAUCUCUGACACCAUGACUCUCCUCCACAGAGUCCACACUAUAUUCACUCAGCCCCUGUAUGCUGGCUUUCAGAUUUUUGGGUAUGAUAACUAUUUCAGAAUCUGUGGUCCUGAGAUAUAAGAACACGGUUUACAUUUCCGCAUGUUAUUGUAAUUAAGUAGUUUGUGUACUUCUACUUUUUAAAGUAGUUUUUAAAAUCUGUAAUUUUACUUCAGUAUGUUGUGUUAAGGCUACAUUUUAAAUCAUAUCAGUUACUGAGUAAAAUAAAUUAAUAAUUUUAAGUAGAAAAAAAAAUCUAACUUGUAAACGUAAUUGUUGUGUUUCAUUGCAUCACCGCGUGACUUUGCUUAUGUUGUUUAGCACCUGGGUUGGAAAUGAACGGGGGACAGGACGGGACGGGACGGGGACUGUCAGUGCACAAUAAAGCUAGCACGUUUAGCAGUGUCUCAAUUUAUGUUUUAUGAAAUAAAUAAAAAAUAUGUUAUACACUG